AUGCAGCGCACUGAGGUGUACAGACACCUCAGAAAGCUAGACUUAGGGGGCAAUGACCUCUGCGGCACGGAUUUGCUGCUGCCGAUCCUUUCUGCCUUCAUUGCUGAUGCAGCAGCAGCAGCAAACCGCCUCAGCUGCAUCAGUUUGCAGUCAAACGACCUCGGCCCUGCUGCACUUGCUGCUGCUGCUGCUGCUGCUGCUGUCUACACCAACCAGCGCAGCCGCAUUCUCCAAGCGCAAGUUGCAGCAAGGGAAGCUGCUGCAGCAAGAGAAGCCGCUGUGAGAGCAAGAGCAGCAGCAGCAGCAGCUGCUGCUGCUGCAGCAGAAGAGUCCUCUACAUCACCUGUAGCUGCAGCAGCACCAGAAGAAGCGCUUGGCUCCUCUGCAGCAGCGGCAGCAGCCUCUGCUGCUGCUUCUGAUGCUGAGGUUUGCUGCCGCAGGCAGCAAGUCCAGCAUCACCGACCCUUUGGAUGCGACUCCCUAAUGUCUUGCUUCAGCAGCACCAGCAGCAGCGGCAGCAGCAGCAUCAGCAGCGAGUACCGCCCUGUUUGCUGCAGUUUGUUAGUGGACAUGCGAGACAACCCUCGCUGCAACGGCCGCAGCAGCGGCAGCAGCAGCAUAGUUGGCUCUGCAGCAGCAAGUGGGAGCAGUUCAUUUUAUGGGUCGACCAGCAGCAGCAGCAGCAGCAGCAGCGGCAGCAGCUCCUCUCCCGAUGCUGCUGUGGGCCAGUGCACCCCGGGCGCCUCGCCCGGAGCAGCAGCAGCAGCAGCCGCUGCUGCUGCUGCUGCGGCAGAACGAGACUCUCCUAGCUGCCUCAAAAGCGGCAGCACAAGCCCCACAAGCACUGGCAGCAACCGCAGCGGCGGCUGCUGCCGCUGCUGCUGCAUAGUGCUGCACGACGACUCUCCAGAGGCAGCAGCAGCUGCAGCAGAUGCUGCUGCUGCUGCAGUCCCACAAGCUGAGCGUCGCAAGAGGAGCAGAGGGAAGCCAGACGACACCAAGCGCACUGUGCUGCUGCUGCUGUUGCUGCCGCUGCUGCUGCGGCUACUGCUGAUGCUAUGCUGCUGA